GUCCAAGUUUGGUCACUGACCGUUAGUCUCCGUUAACUUUUGCUGAUGUGACUGUCAACUCUUAUAGUUGACCGUUAAAUGCAUGACGUGGCAAUUAAAAAAUUAAAAAAAUUAAAUUUCUACCUCAACUAUUAAAAACAAUAAAAAAAUAAAAAUCUUUUCUAAUCUAACCUCGGCUUGGGUUGCUCCUGGAAUCUACCGGGCCAAGACCCGACUCGGGUUGGAGCGGUGACAGGGAACUCGGCCAGUGAUGGGAUAAUGAGGUCGGGAGCAGCUAUGGCGACGGUGGCAGUCUGGUUAUCUCUCGCCGCCGCCGUGGCAUCCGCCGCUAACACGGACGCUUCCUGGUGGGCUUACACUCAUGUCCACGUGGUGAAAGAGUUCAGCGGCGGCCGGAUGUUGACGGUGCACUACAAGUCCAAGGACGACAACAUGGGAACGCACUGGGUUGGGCCUAAGUCGGAGUACGAGUGGAGGUUCCGGCCCAGCAUCUUCGGGAACACGCUGUUUUGGUGCCACGUUUGGAAGGGCGACGACAGCCAGAUCGUUUACGACGCCUAUUACGCCGCCGACGACAAACUGUACGACAGGGUCUACAUGGACAACUCCUAUUGGGAAAUAAUAAUUAAACGAACUGUGAUUUUCUUUUUUAAAUUUUAUGAUAAUUAGGUGAAAAAUAAAAAAUAAUUAAUUUUAUUAUUUUUUAAUUGCCACGUUACUCAUUUAACGGUCAACUAUAAGAGUUGACCGUCACAUCAGCAAAAGUUAACGGAGAUUAACGGCCAGUGACCAAACAUGAACUGUUAACCUAAUUUAAGUGACUAAGGAUGGAAUAAAUUAAUUUGAGUGGCAAACGUGAAAUUUUGUAGCAAUUCGAGUGACCAAACUUGCAAUUAAGCCAUUAAAAAAGGUAAGAAAAGACAAAAUAGUGAAAAUACAGAAAUGAAAUCUGAGCGGCGAUCAGAGAUAUGGUGAACUGAGAAUCAACACUAUACCUGCAUAUUGGGUAGUACAAAGUCCAAACGGAGGCCAUUAAUUCCUUCUUACAGCCCAAAAACAGGAAACGAGAAACGCAAAAGAAGCAGAGAAACUUGAAUAUAUGUAAGCGGGCGAGAACGAACUGGAAAACAGCCUCCGUUGUACAGAGUCUUGAUUGGUUAACCAGCAUAGAUGUGGACGCCGAUGGCGAUGAGGAAGAUGGUUAUUAGGCCAAAGUAGAUGAUGGCGUGGACACAGAUGGAAGCGCCGCUUGUCUGCAUGUUGCCGAACUCCACCACUCUGUUCCUCCCAGGGAUCUGAAUCAGCAGGCCUGGAGUCAGCAGCACGAAAAGCACCACCGCCACUAUCACUGGGCCCCAGUCCGCCAUAUAUAGAUUCGUAUAGCCUUUCCUUUCCGCUUUGAUUUGGGGUAGAGGGAUGAUUUUCUAGAGGAGAAAGAAGAGCGUACGGUUGGUAAAAGAGAAUCAGAUCUGGUGUAAAGGUUGCGGGGCAACUGAAGAAAAGUGGAGUGUGGGGGUUGUUACGGAAGAAGGAAGAAAAGGGUCAGAAUUAAGAAGUGGGAAAAUGACUGAAAGAGAGGAGAGAGAGAGAGACAGAGCACCCAUCUCGAUGCUUCUCGCGGUUGGCGUGCGUUCAUUCAUGUUUCAUUUGUAGGCCCAUAAUGCUUUGCGGGCCUGCGGCCCAUUAUUAUCCUCUGAUAGCCGUUGCUUAACUUUCAUCAUCCCUUUUCUCGUUUCUUCUUCUCUGCGAUACCGGAGAGUGAGCUCAGCAGCAGGAGGAUGGUGUAAAGUCUCCUUGGGGUAAAGAAGCUUCAGCUGCAAGAAAAUCAGUCCGAAGAUGGCGGAUAGCAAAACAGUCCGAUUGGGAAGCAGAAUUCACACGCUUGAUUUGGCGGCACCACGGAUGCCCCGCCCUUCUCAAUUCCCGUCACGCGUCUCGUUUCCCGCCCCCGCUAAACCUCCUCUUCGCUUCCGAGUCUUGGCCAUGGCUGUCAAGAGGAGCCCCAAGCGCCUCAAAUACUCCGCUCCUCGCUUCACCAAGGUUCUUGAUUCUUCUUCUUUUCGGUUUCCCUUUUUUCUGGGUUUCUGCUAUAAUCGCGAUCAAAAUGGGUAGGAGGGCGGGUUGGUUUACGCAGUGGCGGAGCUAGGAUUUCAAACUACCCCUGUCCUUUCUUCAGAAUAUAUAUAUAAUAUUUUAUAAAUAAUCAACGAGUUUUCAUAUUAUGAAAAAAAUGUAAAAUAUAUUCAUUAUUUACACCAUUAUAUCGUGAUAAUACCUAACGAGUUGUUGUAAAAUGAUAGUGUCAUGUAAUUUAAUUAUUUUUUUUUGUGAAUUAAUGAACAAGUAAUGAGUUA